CUCAGAAAAGAACGAACACGCCCCAACAUCGAAACUAGAGGAAAGGGAAGCCAAUUGAUUGUUUUCAGAGAGAACUCUUCCUCCUAGCGAGCGUGAAAGCCUCUCUACUGCUCUCCUCCAGACAUGGUCAUCUGACAGCCAACCGUAAGCUAACUCUACCUCACACACAACCAGGACAGGAACGUCAGGACCUCCGGACAGACCCAGGCUACUGAAGGACCUUAGCCCAGUCAACAGCGGAACACUACGGUGAUUACCAGCAAAGAGGAACUGGAACUCUGGAACUGUUCUUGUGGUUCUCUGUGGAGUUGGUGUGGAUUAUAGGGGAACCCUGGGGAUGCACAAGCUGAGCGAGGAGAUGCACCUGGACCUGCACAGCAGGUCACACGAGCUGCACAGGGCCGCCGUGCAGCUGGGCCUGAGAGCGGCUGACCUCCGCGUGCCCACCGUCACCCUGACCAACCACAGACGCGGCCUGACCAGCCUGCCUGACCAGUACAGGCCGCGCGGGCUGAGGAGGAAGACGGAAGGUAGCACCGAACAGAAGGUUGGAACGAUGCCCGAUUCACCUGCUGAUGUCAAAACCCUGCCCAGGUCGACUCCACCCACCAUGCCCCCUCCUCCGCCCGCUGUCAGCCAGGUGGCCAAUCGCAACGCCUCCUUCACACCCACCACCAUGUUGAACGGCAGCGGCAGCAGCGGCCACUCUCCCACGGCGCUCAACGGCGCCCCCUCCACGCCCAACGGCUUCAGCAACGGCCCGGCGGCCUCGUCCAGCGCCGCGCUGUCCACCCAGCAGCUGCCGCCCGCCUGCGGCGCCCGCCAGCUCUGCAAGCUCAAGCGCUUCCUCACCACGCUGCAGCAGUUCGGCAACGACAUCUCGCCCGAGAUCGGCGAGCGUGUCCGCAGCCUGGUCCUGGGCCUGGUGAAUUCCACUCUGACCAUCGAAGAGUUCCACUCCAAACUCCAGGAGGCUACCAAUUUCCCUCUACGCCCCUUUGUCAUUCCAUUUCUCAAGGCCAACCUGCCCCUGCUGCAGAGAGAGCUGCUCCACUGCGCCCGGAUGGCCAAGCAGACGCCCGCGCAGUACCUGGCCCAGCACGAGCAGCUGCUGCUGGACGCCAACGCCAGCUCGCCCCUGGACUCCUCCGAGAUCAUGCUGGAGAUCAACGAACACGGCAAGAGGAGGACCCCUGACAGGACCAAAGAUGUCGGGCUGGACCGUGACGGUCUGCACGUGGAGCACCUGGCCAAGCGGCCGUGCACCGUGAGCCCCAGCCAGCGCUUCAGCCCCGGCGGCGGUCCCCUGCCGGCUCACCCGCCCCCCAACGGCCUGCCGUCCGGCCACGCACCCCCCAACGGCCUGCCCCAUCCCCCGCCACCCACACCCCAGCACUACCGCCUGGAGGACAUGGCGCUGGCGCACCACUACCGCGACGCCUACCGGCAGGCCGAGCAACGAGACGUGCGGGAGAGACACCGACAGACUGUGCAUGGAGCUCGCCAAGAGGAAGUGAUCGAUCAUAGGCUGACUGACCGUGAAUGGGCCGAGGAGUGGAAGCACCUCGAUAAUUUGCUCAACUGUAUCAUGGACAUGGUGGAGAAGACGCGGCGCUCGCUGACGGUGCUGCGGCGCUGCCAGGAGGCUGACCGUGAGGAGAUGACCCACUGGAUCCGGCGCUACAGCGACGUGGAGGAUAUGAAAAAAGGUGGGAGUCCCACACAGCGCCCUCCGCCUCCUCCUCCUCCACCUCUACCUCCACUUCCUCUUCCUUCAUCUCACGUUCUUCCUCCUCCUCCUCCUCCUCCUCACCACCACAACUCCAACACUCCCAGCAACAACAAGUCGCACGCGCUAGCUAUUUGCGGCACAGGCAAGAGACCAGAGAUCCACCGGGACUUCCUGCACCGGCCGCCCUCGGGAUAUCUGCCAGAGGAGAUCUGGAGGAAGGCUGGUCCCACCAGCAUCCCGAUCUCCCCAGCACUAAAGCAGCUACAAAACAAGCAGGAGGAGGCAGUGAAUGAGGUGAAGAGACAGGCCAUGUCAGAGCUGCAGAAAGCGGUGUCGGACGCCGAGCGCAAGGCGCACGACAUGAUCUCCGCCGAGCGCUCCAAGAUGGAGAGGGCGCUGGCCGAGGCCAAAAGGCAGGCCUCCGAAGACGCCCUGACUGUCAUCAACCAGCAGGAGGACUCCAGGUAG